AUGCGCAGCGCUAUCGCAGAACCCACUUCACCGUGUAUCUUUCCAUACUUGCAUUGUCUGGCCGCCAUGGAUUACUCAUCAGAAAAACCAGAGAGCUUCCCGUUCACUCUUUCCAUCACAAGAGACGAUUUUUCGGCCUCCUCCGACUUUGACCCGGACACCUUUCUUUAUACGAAACACCGGUACACGCCGCUCGACUCGCUUCUACAAGACUUGACUGAUCUAUCGAAAAGCCUCAAUCAGGAUCUCCUAGACUUGGUCAACAACGAACACACAAACUUUAUUCGCCUUGGCCAGUCGAUUGAAGGGUGCAUGGAGCUUAUGAACAACAUUUCGCUAGAUGUGUCUAAAUUCGACACCACAUUGACGCAUACAUUGGAAAGCUUUCUCCUGUCUUCGACCGCAGCACAGAAGGUUCUUCUGCACAAGAAGCGGUUGAACUUGUUGAAGAACAAAAUGAAGUUGAUUUUGCUUCUCCACGACCAGUGCACAAGCUUCGACACUUUAUUAGGCUUGGAUGUCGGAGACGUCAAAGCAGACCGCUUGGUCACGAAGCUUUCCACUUUGGCCACAUUGUUCUUGUCGGUGAGCAAGAUCUUUGCUAUCCUUAUGGAAAGCGUUGGCGAGACGGAGGAGAUCUGUGUCUUUUUUGACAAGAUGGUCAAACCAAAAGUGAUGACGCUAAAACUCGAAUUCAAGCUGUACUUGGACGAGCUUUUGGCGGUGUGUACUGCUGACACGGUCACUUACGGCCAUUUGCUCUUGCAAUUGCUACAUGUGUUAAGGGUCACUGGACAGACAUCUGCAGUUCUUUCCAACAUUAAGAAAAGGGACUAA